AUGUCGGCAAUGGCUGCUGGUGCUCUGGAUUUCGAUGUUGCGCUGCUGGAUAUCGAGGGAACGGUCUGUCCGAUCUCGUUCGUGAAGGAGGUCUUGAUGCCCUACUCCCUCACAGCCCUCGACCCAGUCCUAGCUACCGCAUGGGACUCACCCACCUUUACACCCUACCGCGACGCCUUCCCGGCCGAACACCGCGCCUCUCCCGCCUACUUCCGCAGCCACGUCCACGACCUCGUCGCCCGGGACGUCAAGAUCGCCUACCUGAAGAACCUGCAGGGCUACCUCUGGCUCGCCGGCUACCAGGCCGGCUCGCUCACCUGCCCGCUCUUCCCGGACGUGGUCCCCUUCUUCAAGCGCUGCCGCGCCUCUCGCGUCCCGAUCAUCAUCUACAGCUCCGGCUCGGUCGCCGCGCAGAAGCUCCUCUUCCAGUAUACGAACGGCCGCGAGGAGGACGGGGAGAAGGAUCUGACAGGCUUGAUCGACGGGUACUUCGACACGGUCAACGCUGGUCUCAAGGGGGAGAAGGCGAGCUAUGAGAAGAUCGCGGGGACGAGGCCGGAGCCGAUUGGGAGGUGGCUGUUCCUGAGCGACCGGGUGGAGGAGGUCGAGGCGGCGAAGGCGGCGGGCAUGCAGAGUGCUGUUGUGGUUCGGGAGGGCAAUGCGGCGCUCAGCGAUGCCGAGAGGGAGAAGCAUGUUGUGGUGAGGAGCUUUGAGGAGGUUGGGCCGAAGGCAUAG